GGUUGCGUUGCUUUUGAGACACAAUAAUGUACAAAAUCGCGAAUGCUUCGAAGAAUUUAUGUGAGAACUUGGGUGGAUUAUUUCCAUCUUUUUAAAAGAUCCGUUGACCUCAAGAAAGAUAAACAUUUAUUUCCACGUUUUGAACUCCUUGGAGACAGGUUUCACAUCGCAGCAAUGCCAAAAAGAAAGCAUUCAAUUGAGAAAGAUCGGCUUCUCUUGGCAGAGGUCGUGAAGCAUCCAUUUCUCUACGACAGAAACCACGACUCUUUCGGCAACCACCAAAUGAGGCAGGACAAAUGGGAAGAAAUCGGUGCUAUAGUGGGCAUAUCAGACAUGGAUGCCAAGCUGCGGUGGAUCAAUAUCCGAGAUUGCUUCACCAGGUGCUGGAAGAGAAACCGGAAAAGGGAAACGUCCCAGUCCUUUAGAUGCCCCUACAAAUACGCUGACCAGUUGGAGUUCUAUCUACCAUACAUGUCUUUAGAGCCUUCAUUCAUGGAAGAUUUAAUGAAAGUUGAUGGAGAGGGAAGCGAUGUCAAUGAUGCCGACUGUGGAGAUCUACCCACCCAAGUUCUGCCCCGCCCCCAGGUACCCACCAAGAGAAAGAAACGGUCAGAGCCCGAAGAAGAUGGCAUGAUGCAGUAUCUCGUCACACACAACAGUGCCCCGCGAGAGGACGGACUGGACACCUUUUUCAAGUCGAUAUGUGCGACGGUGCGGACCUUGCCACCCAUGACCCAGGCCCAGCUAAGAUUUGAAAUCACAGAACUGGUCUUCAAGGCUGAAAUGAACUUCUUGUCAACUCAAAAUGAUCAGGCUCCCGUAGCACAAAGCUCAAUAGCGAUUGAUCAUACGCUUGAUUCUCACGACUGAUUGUACAUUGUACAUUGCAAUCAAUCGUAAAGAUAUUCUUCUGCGAUUGUUGCUAAUCUUUGUGCUAUGGGCCCCAGGAAUGAUGCGUUUUGAAGAUCUACUAUUGCACAUUUGUGACUGACCGUGUUGAUGAGAUGUUUUGAUGACUGCCAAAUGCCAGCUUUUGUGGAAGAAUUUAAACCUGUAUAUUCAAAGGUGGAUUUGACUCUGCAGUUUCAAACUGUGGUUAAUGCAGAUAUUUUGCAUUUAAUACUCUAAAUUCUCCACGUUUAUUGAGAAAGAAUCGGUAAUGAAAACAUGCUUUCAUCACCAUGCACUAAAUUGACACUGGCUUAUACUUACAAAACUUUACAGCAUUAAUACAUCCUCACUUGUUUUGGGGUUAUUUUUUUUUUUUAGACUAAACAGCAACCAUUGUAAUAAGCAUCAACUUAGCUCUCUGUGGCAAGAGCACGCACUCAUCAUUGAACGCCUUCUCAAUAUACGUGCAGAAUAAAGCAUAAUUGAGGAUGAAAUAUGCAAUUUAAACAUAGUUUGAAACCAGAGAUUCAAAGCCACCAUUGUGAAUCUGGGGCAUAGGUGUUUACCAAGUAAUUGGUGUUGAAGAUCGUCCAGAGAAGAAUGAACUUAAAUGAAAAUUGUUAUGUAUUCCUUUGUAUAUUUCUCCUAUUGUCCUUUAUAAUGAAAAAAAUAUAAUAUCUCAUCAUCCUUGCCUGACAAAACCAGCAGCAAGCAAGAAUAUGUUUUGACUUGUCUUCAAUCAGUGGUAAGGCAUUAACGUGGUGAGCCUGAAAGUGAGACAUUUAUUACAUGACUGGCAUUCCAGUGAUUAUUUCAGAGUUUGGUGUUUGCAGAUGUGAAUCUACUCCACAUGAAGGAUUGAUUUUUACCAGAGGAUACUUAGAAGAGGGCUCCACACUAACUCUUUUUUUCUACAGAUCCAACCUGUUCAUGUCGGACCAGUACAUGGCCAAUUUUUCCAUUUUUUACUGGUGCGAACCUAAAGUUUACUGGUCCUUCAAAGUAAAGAAAAAUCUAAAAAGAGACUUGAGUUUAUUUUGGCGAUUUUAAUUGCUUUCAUUGCCUUCCACAACGUGAUUCAUGAGAGCCAUUUCUCAAUUUUGGAGGGCCAUUUUUGAAGAUGCCAGAGCCAUUUUUAUAAUUUACAAAAGAGGAAAAAAUAUCAUUUGUAUCAGUUUGAUAUACAUUGUAUAUUUUACUGGUCAUGUCGGACCAGUAAAUCUGGCUAUUUCUGAAAAACAACUGGCGCGACAGCAAUUUUUUCUGGUCUGGGACCGUCGGACCGGUUCCAGUGUCGCACGCUGCUUAGACAGUGGAAUGCAGAGGGUUGACCUCCUUUCCUCAUCCCUCCCCCACCCCCAGACCUAAUGUACUUCUGUCCCACUCCACCCCGCCCCUUUCACCUACAUUUAAUAUAAUGUUCCCUGUCUUAUCACGUCCAUUCCCUUUAUACAUGAACACUCAUAGCCCCACCUGUACAUUGUAUGCCUGCUAUUUUGAAAUUAUGGUAUAACCAUUUAUUACAUGUUUGGGAAAAUGUAGGGCAAAAUCUAUUUACAGCCUUAUAAAAGAAAUCUUUUGAUUUGAAGUAUGAUCAUUUCAAUAAUCAUUUGACCUCCUGAGUGGCACUGACGUGCUUUAUCCUGCUAAAUGCUAUAUAAAUACAAAACAAAGAAAUAUUAAAAUGUGAAGAUAAGACACAGGACACCCCUUGGGCCCGUUGCAUAAAACUUUUUACCUGAGAAAACUCAGGUUGUUUUUACCAGAGUUUUUGCCAUGUGUUAAAGUCAAUGGCAGAAAUCAGACUAACCUUAGUUUUCAGUUUUUACCAGAGUUUUCUCAGCUACAAAGUUUUAUGCAUCAGGCCCCUUGUCUCUUCUCAUUUCUGGGUCCCGUUUCAUGAAGACUCGUCAUGAUAAAAAUGCAAAAUAUCUACAAGUAUACCAUCGGCCAAUCAAAUCAAAGGAUUUCAGUACCUUGAAACUAUUGGUGACUGUCAUUAUAACAAGUUUUGUGAAACAGACCCUUGUUGUAUCUUACCAAGAUGGUAAAGCUUUUCUUUAGGAAAGGAUGGUCCCGGUUGCAGAGAGAGUUCAAAUGUAAUUAAUACAUGUACCAAGAAUUAAAACAUGACUUGAUUUAGAGCCUAUCAGAAGUGUACAUUUUGGACUCUCUUCAUUUUACCAAGUUCUGUUUUAAAUGCGAUUCUAUCAGCAAUGGGCACGACAUGGGUAUUGCCUCCAUUCGAAUUUUGUUGUAUAUUUUAUUUUGAAAAAGAAUAAAAAAAAUUGACCUGGGCCCCAUUGCAUGAAAUAUUUUAGUAAGUUAUUUCUGUGAUAUGCAUUGGAAUUAUCAGGAUAACAUGUUUAUUUGACCAAUUAGAAUAUGAAAUUGAUUAUGCAGUAGUUACCAUUGUGUGGCAAAGUUGCCAUUCGGUGCUUAUAAGGGUUCGAGUUGAUUUUUUACAGAGUUCUUGCCAAAAUAUUGGCACCAUUUAUAGCCAGCAUUAAAAGUUUGCAUAGUACGAAAGACGAAAAAAUGGUACGCAGUUAUGUGUGUGGGUUGUCAGUAUGAAAAUGAAAGAGCUAAUGAGACACUGUCAAGCACUCUAUUUAUUUGAAAUUUUGUAUAGUUGAUGAUAAACUGACUGUGAUUUAGUCACAAUAAAUUCCAUAAAUGGUCAUUUCAAAUGUUGAAGACGAUAUCAUAAUUACUUUUCACCAUUGCAAGCAAAAUGAGAUGAGAAAUAUUGCAAUGAUGUAAAACAAUGAUAUCAACUCAAUUCAAUCUUUUUAUUUUCCACCUUUGAUUUGUAAUAUUUACAAUAAUGAUAUAGUCAACAUAAAGAAUAUAAUCUCCUUGUAUAUUUGAAAUAAUUAUCAAAGUUUGCAAUAAAAACACUGGUUUGAUUUUCCUUCUGUUGAUCAAAUCAAUUUUUUAAUCAGAUUUACUUGGCCUUUGAAUUGAAAUUGUGCAGCAAGUGCUGAUCUUACUGUUGAAAGUGCUGACUUUUCUCUAUAUGGGACUAUCCAUUUAACAUCCUAUCGCGGAGCUGCCGAGUAGUACAGAUUUUCGGUGUGUAGUACUGAAAAAUGAAAAGAAUACUGAAGGUUUCAUGCAAAAUACUGAUUGCUAUGAUUUCGGUUUUACGUGUUGUCCUAUGGUCUUUCUUAAAAAAUAUUGUGUUCUGAUUUCUCACCAAAAUAGUGAUUUUCAGCUUUAAAAAUACUGAAAUGUUCUUGUUCAGGUUGGCAGCUCUGCUAUCAGAGUGACAUUUGGCUAAAGUUCAGCACAUGAAGACAUACAUGUAAGACAGGGCUUGUACUGGAAUAAUUCAAUAAGAUGUACCAUCAUAUGUACAUAGUGCUCAGUAAUUAAAUUUUG